GCGAGGAACAUUUUUUCGAAUGGUAUAAAUACCUCUGCUUUUCCACCAUCACUUCCAGCGGGGAAAUCGAUUUUUCAAAACGCAGAGGAGAUUGGUGUCAACUUUGAGUUCGCGCUAUCCAAGCUUCAAAAUUUUGAAAAAUUUCAGCACAAAGAAUAACAGCAGCAUAUUUUCAACAACAACGAAAAAAACAACAACAUGAAGGUUCUUGGUUUCGUGAUCCUUUUUGUCACCAUUGCCUCAGCUAAACCGGCAGAAAGAAGCAGUGUUUCUGAUCAGUGUCCAUCUAUCCAUGACCCAAAUAGCUUGGCAGUCCAUCUGGCUGACCCUGAAGAUUGCGAAAAAUAUUAUGUUUGUGACUGGGGUCAGGCCAUCAGCAUGCCAUGCCCAAGUGGACUUCACUUCAAUCCCACUCUUCAUGUGUGUGACUGGCCAGAAAAUGCUGGUUGCACUGCUGGCCAAAAUCCAACCACUGAAGCGCCAGCAACUGAAGAAGUGACUGAGCCUCAUGAAGAACCAACAACUGUGGCUGAGGAAAUCACCACUGUUGCUGGGGAAGAAGAACAGACCACUGUGGGUGAAGAAGAAGAAGUGACCACUGAGGCUGGAGAAGAGACCACUGUGGCUGAAGAAGAGACCACUGUGGCUGGAGAAGAGACCACUGUGGCUGGAGAAGAGACCACUGUGGCUGAUGAGGAGCAUACUACCCAGGCUGAAGAAGCAACCACCACUGAGGCUGCUGUGAGUGAGGAAGAAACUGAGAAACCAGUUGAGGAAGAGAACAAAUGCCCAGCAACCGGCACCGCCAUCUUGCCAAAUCCUGAGGACUGUGCCAGUUUCUUUGUCUGCGACAAUGGUGAGCCCUUCCUGGUGACCUGCCCAGCAGGCAAGGCCUUUAGCACUCGCUAUUCAUCUUGUGUGGAGGCUGCCCAGGAUGGCUGCACUCCAGCUACUGAAUCCCCUGAGAUCACAACUGAGGCUGAAACUGAGGAACCAACUACAACCACUGCUCCAGAGACUGAGGCUCCCACCACAGUUACUACCCAAAAGCCAACAACUCAAAAGCCAACCACCCAAAAGCCCACUACUCAGAAGCCAACUACCCAGAAACCCACUACUCAGAAGCCAACCACCCAAAAGCCAACAACGCAAACGCCCACUACUCAGAAGCCAACCACCCAAAAGCCAACCACAGUUGGUAAGCAGGGCUGUGAGAAGGUGACCUGUCCAGGCCAGAAUGACCAGUUUGCUCUGCAUUUGCCCAACCCUGAUGAUUGUGGCUCGUUUUGCAAAUGUGAUUGGGGGACUGCACAUCAUUUUGAUUGCCCAGGUGGUCUGCAUUUCAAUGCAGCCCUUCAGGUCUGCGAUUGGCCUGCCAGUGCUGGGUGUCAAGUUGCUUCCAGAGGACUUUUGCUGCUGGAAAUGAAUUCCCUGGAAUCCAUCAAGAUCUUCAUCAACGUCAGCUUCUAA